CCACCCCGACCGCCGUAUCCACGAUGCCCGCCCUCGCCAACUCCACGCGUGCGAUAGCCCGCUCAUGGACUGCCCACUCGCUGCCCGUCGCGCGGGCGGGCUGCUCCGCCAUGCAGACCCGCAACGUCUCCGAGGUACACGCCACGUCCUCAUUCGAUAGCCCCUUCAAGGGCGUCGGCAGCAGCACCAAGAUCCCGUCCUUCGGCGCCUACAGGCGCAAAGCAUCUGGAGAGGACGGCCCGAAAAUGUUCCAAUACUUCAUGGUGGGCACCAUGGGUGCGCUGGCCAGCUUGGGCGCGAAGGCGACGGUGCAAGAUUUCCUCGUCAACAUGUCCGCCUCCGCCGACGUGCUCGCUCAAGCCAAGGUCGAAGUCGAUCUCGCCGCCAUUCCUGAGGGCAAGAACGUCAUUAUCAAGUGGCGAGGCAAGCCCGUCUUCAUCCGACACCGCACCGAGGACGAGAUCAAGGAGGCCGAGGAUACCAAGUGGGAGGCAUUGCGAGACCCGGAACCAGACUCCCAGCGCGUGAAGAAGCCCGAGUGGUUGAUCAUGCUUGGCGUGUGCACCCAUCUUGGAUGCGUGCCCAUCGGCGAGGCCGGCGACUUCGGUGGCUGGUUCUGCCCCUGCCAUGGUUCUCAUUACGACAUUUCCGGCCGCAUAAGAAAGGGACCUGCGCCGCUCAAUCUCGAGGUACCAGAGUACGACUUCCCCGAGGAUGGAACGGUGGUCAUCGGUUAAUUGAGUUUUUUGUACAAAUUAGAAGAGGGGCG